UUAUAAAAGGCCCUCACGUACUCCACAUACAAACAGAGCCACGACUCCAAGUCCAAAGAGCAGAGGAAGCCAGCAGCAACCCGUACUCAUCAUCUCAUCCUCCUGCAGCCAUGGCUCAAGAGCUCCAAGAAAGCUCCUCCUGCUCUGCCACCACCACCACCUCAUCGUGUACCACCAGCUCUACCUCCUCCUGCUCCUCCACCGUCACGGACUCGUCUUCCUCGCCCCCGUCGCCGGCGGCGACCAAUGCCGCGCCCGCGCCCGCGGCACGGAAGCGGCAGGCGGCGGAGGCAGAUGCCGAGGCGGCGGACGGGGAGGAAGAGGAGGAGGAGGAGGAGGGAGGGUGCGCGGGGAAGACGACGGCGAAGAAGAGGAAGCGGAGCAGCGACGGGAAGCACCCGACGUACCACGGCGUCCGGAUGCGGGCCUGGGGCAAGUGGGUGUCGGAGAUCCGCGAGCCCCGCAAAAAGUCGCGCAUCUGGCUAGGCACUUUCCCCACCGCCGAGAUGGCCGCGCGCGCCCACGACGUCGCCGUGCUCGCCAUCAAGGGCCGCGCCGUGCACCUCAACUUCCCCGAACUCGCCGGGGUGCUCCCGCAAGCCGCGUCCCCGGCGCCCAAGGACGUCCAGGCCGCCGCUGCAUUGGCUGCCGCGUUCACGUCGCCGUCAUCAUCCUUGGAGCCGGAGUCCGGCUCAACAGCGCCAUGCCUUGUCCAAGAGGAGCCCGCCAAGAACAGCGCCGUCCCGGAGGAGGCCGAGGCGCCACCGGCCGCACCUCAGCAGCCAGCGACGCUGUUGAGCGGCGUGGAGGAGGAGCGGCAGCUGUUCGACCUGCCGGACCUGCUCCUCGACAUCCGAGACGGGUUCGGGUGCUUCCCGACCAUGUGGGCCCCUCUCCCCGACGUCGAAGAGGUCAAUGCGGAGCUGCGCCUCGAGGAGCUGCUGCUUUGGGAGUAACAGUCAGAGAUGCUUGCAUUGCAAGGACUAAAAAAUAGUACUAGUACUAGCUCAUUUCUUCUUCCACCUCCUUUCCUCUUUUUUCUUAGUUUACUUUUGGAAAAACAGCUAUUUUCUUCUUCUUUUUUAUUGGGUUAAUAGUAUAAACAUAUAAAAAUGAGAGAUUACAUGUAAUGUACAAUAAGAGUACCUCUCAGUACUGGCUAGUAAUGUGUGAAUUCCAGCACUAGUUGACCUUGCUAGAUGUUAGUUGCUCUGUACUUCAAUUACCCCAUGUGUACUACUGUACCAAAUUCCCCAGAGAAAAAAAAUGAAUACAAUGAUCAGAUCCGAUGAAA